AUGCGCGGCCCGACCAGACUGGCCCGCAUGCCGAAUAGGGCAGGAGGGGAGGCGCCGGAUCGCGCGCACCGGCCGCCAACGACCGCCGGAUCCCUCCACCCAUGCGGCCGGGACACCAGAUCCACCGUCCGCACGGCUGUUAGCUGGCCGUGCCUUGUCGAUGAAGCCGCCGCUAUAGAUCCGGGGUUCCCCACGCAGAUACAGGGCAACCGAGGCCCCGCCGCCACCAUCCUUAGCGCCCCUGGGCCUGCUCGGCGGCUGCCUCGGACGGCGGCGAUGAGGUGGGAUGAGGUGGGAAGGGGCCGCGGCAGCGCAGCUAGGGUUCCCCGGCCGCCGCCGAGGGAGGCGACGAGGGACGCAUCCUCUGAUUCCCCAUCCUCUCAGCUAGGUUCUCCGGAUGUAGCCGCCGUGCACAGGGAGCACCACCGUCCACCGGAGCUUGUCGCCCGCUGUCUCGCGGAGCAACCGCCGGAGACGCCCGCGCGGCCGCGCCCCGCGGGGUCUCGCCUAGCCCUCGCCGCCUCGCCCCUGCCAGGCUCCCUCACGCCGUCGCCCGGUCGCGCCGCCCACUCGCCCAGGCGCCCACGACCCACUAUCUCGUGGUUCGCGAAGCUACCGCCUCGCCCCUGGCCGCGGCGACGCCCGCCGGAAUCUUGCGGCUGUUCUCCUCCAACUCCAAUCCCCGGCUGUUCUGCUCCAACCCCCUGCCGCAUCACUGCAUCAGUGCAUCCCACUUCACAGUUCACACACCGCACCAACCAGCAGGGCAACAGGGGAAGAGGCAGCAGGCGGGCAGAGGUAGUCAUGGGCAAGGAAAAUCGGACUCAGAAAAGAAUUGAUUUGGUGUUUAAAAGGAAAAGAGAUGAUACAAUUGAAGUUGAGGAAGACCAAGUAUUGCCCUUGCUUGAAUUGGAACAGCAACAACCUGAACAACAACAUAACCAAGAUGGAGGAGUUCGAACAAAUGAAGUUGUUACAUUUCGGGGUAUUGAGUUCUUGCAGCGGGAUCCUGGAUUGCGCCCUCAAAUUUGAAAUAACAGAAUUGCUUGGCCAAGCUUUACAAAAGAAAUCACAAGAUAUUGUGAAUGCUGUCCGCCUAGUUUCCUCAACAAAACAAUGUCUUCAGGAGUUGAGAUCAGAUGAUGGCUACCAAGUAUUUAUUACUACGGUUGUUGAAUUUUGUGUAAACCAUUCCAUUGACAUUUCAGACUUUGAGGAAACAUACAUCAUGCGUGGUGGUCGUGCUCGUCGUCAACCUGAUCAGUUCACCAAGGAGCAUUACUUUCGAGUGGAAAUUUUCUUCUCAACACUGGACACUCAACUAUUUGAAUUAAGCCGAAGAUUCAAUGAUAAGGUAAUGGAUCUUCUAACCAUUAGCGCCACCUUGAUUCCUACAAACAAAUUCAGAGGAUUCAAAGCUAGUGAUAUAUGUGAGAUGGUGAAAAAGUACUACCCAGCUGAUUUUCCCCAAGAUAUUUAUGGAUUACAACAGCAACUUAAGCACUUUGUUUCAGAUGCUUCCAAGGAUGAUGAUUUGAAAAACAUAUCUACCUUAAUUGAUCUAUGUCGAUGCCUUGUGGAGACAGGAAGACAUACCGUCUACAAUUUGAUUGACAGAUUACUUCGGUUGCUCGUUACCCUUCCAGUUUCUACAGCCAGUGCUGAACGCGCAUUUUCUAGUAUGAAGAUCAUUAAGACAAGAUUGCGCAAUAAGAUGGAAGAUGAGAAUCUGGCUAAUAACUUGUUAGUACACAUAGAGGGUGGAAUUCUGGAGAACUACAGUCAUGAAGAUGCCAUUGCAGAUUUUAUAAGCACGAAGGAUCGGAGAGUUGAUUUCUAGUAUGUGAGUAAGUCCAUGUCUAAUGUCUCGACACUUUUGUAUUAGCUAAAUCAAUAGUGACUCAUGGUUGAACUGUACUUUGAUACAUAUAUAUUAUAUAUAUACAUAUUUGCUAGCUCAA